AUGGUCCGUCUCAUAACCCACAAUAUCCUCGCAUGCCAUGCCAAAAACUGCAACUCGAACAACUUUCCGCUAAAGUUCAAGGACGCACAGUUGGCCGUCAAAGAGGCCGAGUUUAAUCCCGACUUUUUACGAAAGUUUAUGCCCAGGUUGGAGUGGUCUGCAUUGGUGGACACUGCAAGACAAUUGGGGGAUGAUAGUUUACCAGAGAUGCAACCCGCACCCGGUACAGAAGACGAAGAGUUUUUACAAAAGCUGCACCAUGUCUUGCUCGAGAUCCAUGUUGAAGAAGGCGCAAUGAUUUGCCCGAAUUGUGGUCAUGCAUACAUGAUCAUGCAGGGUAUACCCAAUAUGCUCCUCGCCGAACACGAAAUCGCUCGAUAA